UACACUAUCACGCAUGUACGCAAAUUUCGGCUUGUGUGCACUGACUGCGGUCACGCUUUCUUCUCUUUCUUUUGAACAUUUAGGUAUAUAUCUGUUUCCUUUUUAGUGUACACUAUACAGUGUAGAAAGUUCAGAAGAACGAGCCUCCAAUAAUAAUAUUGGUUGUGUGUCCUUAGUGAAAUCUAGAAGAAAAAAAAGAAAAAACGCGUAUGGCCACGUGUUUAACACGUUGAUAUAUGAACUUUUCGACAAAUAUUGAUUUUUAACAUUACGACACUUUUUAAUUAACAAAAAUGGAACAAACAAAUGAAAUUAAAAACAAACUAAAGCUAGUAGAAGCUUCUCUGAAAGGCAAAGGUUUGGUGAAACAGCAUAUAGAUUCUUAUAAUUAUUUUAUCAACAAAGAAAUAAAAAAUAUUGUUAAGGCAAAUGAAAAAGUUUUGUCUGAUGAGGAUCCACAUUUUUAUGUAAAAUAUUUAAAUAUAAAAGUAGGUUCACCUGAGAUUGAGGAUGGCUCAAAUGUAAUGCGGCCAACUACACCGCACGAAUGUCGUUUAAGAGAUCUAAAUUAUUCUGCACCAAUCAUAGUAGAUAUUGAACACAUAAGAAAUAAUCAACGGAUAAGAAAUACAAACAUGGUAAUUGGAAGGAUGCCAGUAAUGUUGCGCAGUUCAAAUUGUGUAUUAACUAAUAAAUCUCAUUAUGAGCUAGCUAAACUGAAUGAAUGUCCAUAUGAUACUGGUGGUUAUUUUAUUAUAAAUGGUCAAGAGAAAGUUAUAUUAAUGCAGGAACAAAUGGUCAGAAACAGAAUUAUUGUGGAAGAAGAUGGUAAAGACAUUAUUGCAACAUGCAAUAGUUUUACACAUGAAAAAAAGACUAAGACAACUGUUGUGGGGAAAGGAGGCAGAUAUUAUAUAAGAAACAAUAUGUUUCAAGACGAUAUAUUGAUUACUGUAGUUUUCAAAGCUAUGGGAAUAGUAAGCGAUAUAGAUAUCUUACAAAUGGUUGGAGAAAAAGGAAAAUAUAUGAACAAAUUUAUAGCCAGUGUAGAAGAUUGUCAAGAAUUGGGUGUUUUUUCUGAGAAACAAGCAUUAAAAUACCUCUAUAAUAAACGCAGACAGAUGAGAUUUCAUGUUGCAAAGUCUACUAAAAUUACUGACGAGAUGAAAGAUUUGUUAGCAGCAAAUGUAUUGUCUCAUGUGCCUGUCAUAGAUUUCAACUUCAGAACAAAAGCUUUGCAUCUCGCUUUGAUGAUUAGAAGAGUUAUUGAUGCACAAAGUGAUCGCAAACUGGUUGACGACAAGGAUUAUUAUGGUAAUAAACGUCUGGAACUAGCUGGAUCUCUUCUGGCUCUAAUGUUUGAGGAUUUGUUCAAAAGAUUUAACUCGGAGCUCAAGCAAAUUGCCGAUAAGAAUAUUCCUAAGAUAAAAGCGGCACCAUUUGAUAUAACAAAAUAUAUAAGAAAGGAUCUGAUUACCAAUGGGCUAGCUUUUGCUAUAUCUUCAGGCAAUUGGACAAUCAAGAGAUUUAGGAUGGAAAGACAUGGCGUUACACAAGUGUUGUCACGAUUAUCAUACAUUUCAGCACUUGGCAUGAUGACUCGAGUUCAUUCUCAAUUUGAAAAGACGAGAAAAAUCUCUGGUCCGCGAGCGUUGCAUGGUUCACAAUGGGGAAUGUUGUGUCCAAAUGACACACCAGAAGGUGAAUCGUGCGGCUUAGUGAAGAACUUAGCAUUGCUGGCUCAUAUUACCACGGAAAUGCCAGAGGAACCGUUUGUAAGAUUGAUGCGUAAUCUUGGCGUGCAAAUUAUUUAUACUUGUGUCGGAGGAGAGCUAAUUAAAAAGGGCAUAUAUGUGGUUUUCGUCAAUGGUAAUAUGGCAGGUAUCAUAAAAGAAUCUAUGGUCUCAAGGUUGGUGCACCAGUUUAGAUUGUUACGCAGAAAAGGAUACAUAGAUUGUUUUGUGUCAAUAUUUGUGCAACGUCGCCAUAAAUGCGUUCAAGUCAGUUGUGAUGGUGGUCGAUUGUGUAGGCCGCUCAUCAUUGUUAAGGACGGGAAGCCUCUUAUUGAACAAAAACACAUGAACAAUCUUGAGAUAAAUCUUUGGACUUUCAAUGAUUUUGUUCGUGCUGGAUUGAUAGAGUAUUUAGACGUAAACGAAGAAAACGACAGUUUGAUUGCUUGCAAGGAGUCAGAAAUUAUUCCUCAAACAACACAUUUAGAAAUCGCAGAGUUUACAAUCUUGGGUGUGUGUGCAGGCUUAAUACCAUAUCCAAAUCAUAAUCAAAGUCCAAGAAAUACUUAUCAAUGUGCUAUGGGCAAGCAAGCUAUGGGAGUUAUAGGAUAUAAUCAACGUAAUCGCAUCGAUACAGUGAUGUAUAAUCUGGUAUAUCCGCAAAGGCCGAUAGUAAAAACACGACAGAUAGAGUUAAUCAAUUUCGAUAAAUUGCCAGCUGGUGAAAACGCUAUCGUAGCAGUAAUGUCAUUCAGCGGAUAUGAUAUAGAAGAUGCGCUCAUAUUGAAUAAAGCUUCUGUCGAUAGAGGAUAUGGAAGAUGUUUGGUAUACCGGAACUCGAAAUGUUUAAUAAAAAACCAUCCCAAUCAACCGAGUGAUAUAAUUUUAGGACAACUUUUAGACCCAACUAGUAAAAAACCUAUAUGGAAACAUGAUAUUCUUGAGAACGAUGGGAUUGCAGCGACUGGUGAAAAGGUGGAAAAUAAGAAAGUAUUGGUAAAUAAAUCUGUGUCGACACGUGGAAAUAUCGGCCCAUCGAGGGCUGACAAUUUUCAAGCGAAACCGGAGUAUCGCAGCGCGGAAGUUUCGUACAAAGGUUCCGUCCCGGCAUAUGUAGAGAAAGUUAUGGUAUCUAGUAAUGCGGAAAAUGCUUUCUUAAUAAAACUAUUAUUAAGACAAACUCGAAGACCUGAGAUUGGUGAUAAAUUUAGUAGUCGCCAUGGACAGAAGGGUGUUGUAGGCUUAAUUGUAGAUCAAGAAGAUAUGCCAUUUAAUGACCAUGGUAUAUGUCCUGAUGUGAUUAUGAAUCCACAUGGUUUCCCAUCUAGAAUGACAGUUGGGAAACUGAUAGAGGUAUUAGCUGGCAAAGCAGGCGUUGUAAAUGGGAAAUUUCACGAUGCAACAGCAUUCGAGGGCGCUAAAGUAGAGGAUCUCUGUGAAGAAUUAGCAAAACAUGGUUAUAAUUACUUAGGGAAAGAUUUAUUCUAUAGCGGCAUGACUGGACAGCCAAUAACAGGAUAUCUCUUUUCUGGAACAGUUUAUUACCAGAAAUUGAAACAUAUGGUGCAAGACAAAAUACAUGCUCGUGCCAAAGGUCCAAGAGUAAUUCUAACUCGCCAACCGACAGAAGGACGUUCCAAAGACGGUGGUCUACGUCUGGGUGAAAUGGAACGCGAUUGCUUGAUCGGUUAUGGGGCCAGCAUGUUGUUAGUAGAGAGACUCAUGUUAUCGAGUGACGCAUUUCAAAUCGACAUUUGUAAUGAGUGUGGUCUGAUGGGAUAUAACGGUUGGUGCCAAAGGUGUAGCUCCAGUUCCUCCAUGUCUACAAUCACAAUGCCUUAUGCUUGUAAAUUAUUGUUCCAAGAAUUACAAUGCAUGAACAUAUUACCCCGUUUAACAUUGAAAGAUUAUUGUGACUAAUUAUUUAUUAUCAGAGUAUAUUCAGGUAAUUUUCAACCUCUAUCUAUUUCAUUAGCAGAGCUUAGAUAUCGAAUUUUCAAAAUUAAAUUCAUUUAAUACAUAAAAAUACUUGUCUAUUAUAUGAUUUGUAUGUUUUUAUUUGAAUAAAUUACAUAUUUUCUCUUUGGAAGACAUA